AUGGCUGUAAUGCGAUGGCUUUUCGCGGCGGCGAUUUCACGUAAUAUCGAGAAGAUAAGGGAGAGAGGAGAGAGAGAGAGUGGAGGAGAGGCGUAUGAUAAUGGUUCGUGGCGGAGGAUAAGCACACUUGAACAGCGGGAAACUCUAUUGGUUGUUGCAACACUCAUUGCAACCUUUACAUUCACCGGAGUCCUUCAGCCUCCAGGAGCUUUCAGAAGUGAAGACUCUAAUGGUGGUUCUGGCUCACAGAACAACAACAACAACCGACUUAUAAACACCAUUUUCGGUUCUAGGAACAGCACUGAAGGACAAGCAAUCAUGGCAAACAUUCCUGUUAACUUCACUCUCUACGCUGCCUUCAACGCGGUUGGCUUCUUGGUUUCGUUCCAAAAAAUGAGGACGCGCCGUCGAACAUACACGUCAGCAACUCCGCCAAAAAAUGAGGACGCGCCGUCAGCAACUCCGCCGUCCAUAGUUCAAGCACUUGCAGCAAUGUCCUGUACAAAAAGAGGAAGAAAGCUCCAAUCAUGCACUGCAAAAGCAGCUAAAGGAAAUCGUGGUGGAUCGAAAAAGAAGAACAAGUGUAAUAAUAUCGGAGGAUUGUGGGCUCUUCUUCCCUUAGAUCUCCUGCGGGAGAUACUGUCCGGGCUUGGAUUAAAAGCCAACAUACAAGCUUCCGCCGUCUGCAAGGCAUGGUGCGAAGCAGCUGUCUCUGUUCGCAAGUUACAGCCUCCUCCUUUGCUUUUUCUUUAUUCACAUCACGCAGUGCCUCCUCGUAAUUACGUUAUUCCUCACCCAUUACGGUUUCGACCAUGUAAGCUCGAAUUACCAGGGUUGCAUUUUCCCCCUAAACCCACUUUUUCAAAGGAUGGUUGGGUGCUUGCGAGAAAAAGCGGGCCCUUUUAUGCUAGUACACUUCUUCUUAACCCGUUUACCCGUGAGAGCUUCUACUUACCCCCAAGGAGACACGAACACAGAUCCCGUUUUUUAGCUUUCUCAGCCGCUCCUACAUCACCUAGCUGUAUGGUCAUCUCCUACAUCCAACUACGAUCCUGCGGAUCUGUUGUCAUCGAUACUUGGCGGCCUGGUGAAACCGAGUGGACUACACACUGCUUUGAGAACCAGUUACCCUUUCGCUAUUGGCCCAAAUGUGUCUUCUCCAAUGGCAUGUUCUACUGUCUCAGUGAAUGCGGCUAUCUUGGGGUUUUCGACCCCUCUUCUAAAGCAGCAACAUGGAAUAUUCUUCCAGUGAAACCAUGUCCGGCCUUUGAUCAGUAUGAUUACUCUCAUAGCCCAGUGUUUAUGACGGAGCAUGAAGGAGACAUCUUUGUUAUUUAUACACACUGCUACAACAACAUCCCAACCGUGUUUAAACUGAAUUCUAAACACAAGGAAUGGCAAGAGAAGACAGAUCUUGGUGGCUUGACAAUAUAUACAAGUUGGCCUGCCUCUUUUGUAAGAGCUGGUCUCUCCACUGAGCACAUGCAGGAACAAAAUAUAUUCAUCUCGAGGGUUUUUGACUUAGCAGAAAGAGAGAGACACAUGAAGAAGAGUCCGAUAAUGGAGGCUGCUCGAAAAGGAGAUGUCGAUUUUUUACUCGGAUCAACGGAAUCUGAUCCGACUCUUCUUGAAGUUAUUGAAAUAGACGGCGAAGAAACUCCGUUACACGUUGCCUCUAUGUACGGACACUUGAGUUUCGUCAGAGAAAUUCUCAAACUAAGAGAGAGUCUCGGAAGAGAAUUGAACAAAGACGGAUUUACUCCUCUGCAUAUAGCAGCAUCCAUGGGCCACGUUGAAGUCGUGAGAGAGCUUUUGGAGAAGCUAAGUAGUGAGAUAUGUUUGAUCAAAGGUAAAGAGAGAAAGAUUCCUCUUCAUUACGCUGCUAUGAGAGGAAGAGUUUGUGUUCCUGAUGAGUUAGUGUCUGCAAAUCCGGAAUCUCUUGAAGAAAUCACCGCUCGUGGAGAGACAGUGCUUCAUCUUGCGGUUAGAUUCUGUCAACAAUGGAGGCAACACGGUUUUGCACUUAGCGGUUCAGAAACGACAGUACGAGGUAUCUUAUCGAAUUCGAUUUUUCGCUUUUUGUGGUUUAGUUUAGUUUAUCUGGAUUAUACAUCCAUUGAAGUGAACUCUUUAAACUCUAAUGGCUUCACACCUCUUGAUAUGUUAUUUCACUUUGGAGGUGAACCAGAAGACCCAGAGAUUUAUCAGAUCCUCCGUGAAGCAGGAGCUGUAAGAUCAAGAGAACUUGACACAAGACAAGAAACAACAACAGAGAAUGAAACAACACAAUCAGAAGAAUCUCUGAUGACUCACAAGCAAUGGCUAGAUUGCUUCAAGUACAAGAAAGACAGAGUCUCACCUAACGAAGUUCGUAAUGUGUUACUAGUUAUCGCGAUUCUGAUAGCUACAGCAACUUAUCAAGCCGUGCUAAGUCCACCUGGAGGUGUUUGGCAAGAAGAUUACUGUAUCAAUGGAUACUGUCAAGUAACUAACUUAAAAGGAAACAAAACUAAACCGGUUUACUACGCAGGAACAACGAUAAUGGGAUCAAAGAGUUGGAUUUCUUACGGCAUUUUCAUCUUCUUAAACUCGAUCGGGUUUUUCACUUCUAUUGAACUAAUCUCUUUACUCACAAAAGGUCUCCCAUUCUACCUUGAGCUACAAGUUUCAUUGACUGCUGUUGCCUUGACCUAUGGAUUUGCAAUGGCUGCACUUUCUCCUAAUUUCGGAUUAGGCUUGUUCUUUUUGGUGAUUUCCGUGGUAUUACCCAUCGCAGUAGCGAAAAUCCCGAGUCUAAUUCGAAAACAUGCCAAGAAAAUCAGAAUCUAUUCUCUAAGAAGCACUACAACGACAACCACCUCCUAAAAUCCCAAGUUUCAAUCUCAACUUGCAAUUCCUCUGUUUUCUUCUACAUACUUUCUUGAUUGUUUUGUGUUCUUGAAUCUUGAGUUGUAUAUUUCAAGAGACUUGAGUCGAAUAGUACUUUUGUUUUGUUCUGUCAAUAACCAUUAUUUGUAUAAGCUCUCUCACAAGUCACAGUCUCUUAGCUUCUUUCAAAUUGGCUAUUUUGAAUGUGAUUUCUUUAUCGUUACACUCUGUCUCUCUGCUCUGCACAUGUUCUUUUGUUCCCUUUAUAGAAGAACCAGAAACAACAAAUCUUAUUCACCAAUCCCAAUUAUUGUACCUUCUCUACUUAUUACUAAAGUAAUAACCCAUGUUUCUGAUCUGACAUGGGUAACGUUUGAAUAUCAGACAAAACAAAACAUAAACAAUCAUAACAAUUUUUGGUUAUUCAACAAAAACCAAAAAAAAUAUGUUUGGUUAUUUAACUAAUGACAUUUAAAUUCUUUAGCCAGCCAGCCUGUAAAAGAUAAAUUUCUCAUCGGUCCACAUCUAGAGAUAGAGAUAGACAAGAACUUACUGGUUGAUUUUGAAAUUUCUUAUUUAUUCUUAAUCAAGAUUUGAUUAAGACAAGAUCAGAGUCCCUGCCGACUAAUCUCUACAUCAUCUACAACUACACAAUUCAUAUUUUUUAAAGGAGAAAUUGAUAAAGAGACAAAAAAAAA